AAGAGUUGUCUGAUUCGGUCUCGCAGUAGCUGUAAAUUUUUGUUCAAAAUAUGGGUAUUGAUAUCAAUCACAAGUGGGACCGUAAGGUUCGUCGCACCAAGCCAAAAUCGCUUGAUGUUUAUUUGCGGCUGCUGGUGAAGCUUUACCGCUUCCUGUACCGCAGAACCCACAAAAAGUUCAACAAGAUCAUCCUUCGCCGUCUGUUCAUGAGCCGAACGAAUCAGCCUCCGAUCUCGCUGUCUCGGGUGGCCAAGCUGCUGAAGCUCCGCGGCAAGGAUGAGAACACCAUUGCCGUGGUCGUGGGAACCGUAACCAACGAUGACCGCAGCUUGUAUGUGCCCAAGAUGAGCGUGUGUGCGCUGCGAAUCACGGAAAAGGCUCGCGAACGUAUUCUGAAGUGGGGCGGAAAGAUUUACACCUUCGACAAGCUGGCUCUGAUCGCACCUACCGGAAAGAACACCGUCCUGAUGCAGGGUGCUCGUAAUGCCCGCGAGGCCUGCACUCACUUUGGUCGUGCUCCUGGUGUGCCGCACUCCAACACCCGGCCGUAUGUGCUUUCGAAGGGACGCAAAUUCGAGAAGGCUCGUGGUCGCCGCAGCAGCUGUGGUUUCAAGAACUAAGAAUAAAACGCUUACAUUGGUUCGAAGGAAAAACACAAUAUUCCUUUUAUUAUUUGUGUAAUUAAGUGAAAUACAUGGAGGACACGGUUCCACGUGAAAUGCA